AUAUAUGCAUUAAUCUUUAAACCUUAACCUUAAACAAAUGGAUUGAUCGAUUUUCGUUGCUUGGAUAUCUAGUUCAACAAUUGUAUUAUUGUCUUAAUUACUUUUAUUAUUGUUGUUUUUAAGUUAAGUCACUAUGUAGAUAAUUCAUUUAAUAAAUACUGUGUUAUAUUUUACGAAUAUAAUUGAUAUUUUGAAAAAAAAAAAAAAAAAAAGCAAAGACCUGUGUGUUUGGCCAUACACUAUGUAUGUCUGUAACGUGUAAUUAAGAUAAAUUAUAUUUUUUACUAUUUGAAAAUUCAGUUGUUAUUAUUAUUACAAUGUCUGUGCAUUAUAAAUUUAAAACAUCUUUAGAGUCACAUAUCGUAUCUUUUGAUGGUUUAAAUAUCUCAGUGGCUGAUCUUAAGAAAGCCAUUUUUCAUCAAAAACGCUUUGGAAAAAAUGCUGAUUUUGAUCUUCUUAUCACUAAUGCCGAGACAAAAGAAGAUUACACGGAUGACAAUAUCCUUAUUCCGAAAAACACAAGUCUUAUUGUUGCCAGGAUACCUUUAACAGUUCAACAAAAAAGAUCGUGGAACCGGUCUGAACCACAAUCAUUUGUUAACUUGAAAGAUGAAUCUAAUUUAGGUCAUGCUGUUGAUUUAACCCGGUUAGAUGGAUCCGAAGAAGAUAAAAUCCGAGCCAUGAUGACUCAAUCAACACAGGACUAUGAUCCAUCAAAUUACAUGAAAAUCCGUGGUGCUAAUCAAUCAGGUGAAGUACCACCAAAAUAUCGUUGUAAUAAAUGCCAUCAACCUGGUCACUGGAUAAAAAAUUGUCCUCUUGGUGUAAAUCAAGAGCCUAUUGAAAUUAAAAAAAGCACUGGAAUUCCUCGAAGUUUUAUGGUACCAGUCGAAGGCCCAUCAGUUCCAGGUGCCAUGAUGACACCAACCGGCCAUUAUGCUGUUCCUGCUAUUGAUCAUCAAGCUUAUAAAGAAGUUAAAAAAGAACGACCUCCUUUUUCAAAUGAUCCGGAGCCUAUUGUCAAAAAACCAGAAAUACCAGAAGAUUUACUUUGCAAUUUAUGUAAAGACUUAUUAACUGAUGCAGUUAUGAUUCCAUGUUGUGGCAAUUCUUUUUGUGAUGAAUGUAUUCGAACUCUACUACUUGAAUCUGAAGAUCAUCAAUGCCCCGAUUGCCCGGAAAAAGAUAUAUCACCAGAAAAUUUGAUUCCUAGUCGAUUUUUACGUAAUGCAGUAAUGAACUUUAAGAAUGAAACUGGUUACGCUAAACAGCAAACUUAUCAUUCAAUUCAAAAAAAUAUAGUUCCUAAAAAUACAGCACCUGUUUCUGUUGUUGCACCUCCAGUAGAGGAAGAAAAAGUAGAAGUUUCUGUUGUAUCUGUUCCUGUAGAAUCUAAAGAACCACCUCAAGAAUUAGUUCCAACUGAACCAGAAAAUUUUUUAGCUCCACAAGAUACUUAUGAGGCACCUGUUGAUCCAGGUAUUAAUGAUAAAUUGAUCAAGUUAGAUGUUGAAAGUGAAUCUAUCGUGCAUCCAUCGAUAAUUGAAGAAGACUCAGAAGUUGUUCCACCACCACCUCCCGGAACUGAGCCUCUGUUACCAAUACCAUCAGUUAAUAGCUCACCAGAAAAAAGUAACGACGUGGUUGCUGAUGAGAAAAAAGAUUAUAAUUAUGAUUAUGAAGAAGAUAGACGUCCAAGAGAGCGUCGUCAAAGUUUUAGCAAAGACAACCGCGAGCGAAGUGGAGAUAAUCGCCGUCCGGAAAGUGUAAGAUCAAUUACUAAACGGAGAUCUUUGUCACCAAGACAAUCUCGUCGUAAUGAUUAUCCAGUUCAUAAUGCACCAGUACAUCAGUCAAUGAAUCCUGUUAAAGGAUACCAAAACAUCCCUUCAAACAAUUCAACUCAAUACAAUACAAAUACGCAGCAUUAUGAUACCGAAAUUCGGCGACCCGAUGAAGAUCCAAAUAGUGGUCCAGUAAUGGAUCAUCAGUAUCCUCCAUCAACAGCUCACCAAGCUCCACUUCUUCCUUAUCCGCCUGGAGAAGAUCGAAUGCCAUCAUUGCAACCACCUCCACCACAAGGUUAUAGUCAACCACCUCCUGUUAUGCAACAGCAUAAUGCACCACCUCCUAUGUCUGAUCCAUACAUGGGUCACAGGAUGCCGAUGUAUCCACAUCAGCAAGGACCACAUUAUGGUCCACCAAGAUACUCCCGACCGCAAUAUCAGCAACAAGGAUACCGUCCUUCUCAACCUCGUAAUUAUAAUGGCCCACCGCGACCAAUGAGAGGAAUGCAUCAUCUAGGUUAUCGAGGUAUUCAACCUCCUCCUCCAGGAUUAGGGAGAAAUAUAUACAAUGGAAAUCCACCCGGAGUGAUUGAUGAUCCUCUUGAAGCUUUUGAACGUAUGCUACGAGAAAAAGAUGAACGAGACAGAAGAUUAGGGAAAGGACGACGCCGAUCUAGAAGUCGUUCUAGAAGAAGCUACACGCGAUCACGAUCUCGUUCUAUAAGCCGUCGGUCUCCAUUACCACCUCGUGUUAGUAGAUCAAGGAGCCCACCACCAAAGAGAAGAUCUACAAGAUCUCCGCCACCGUUAAGACAGCGUAGUAGAACACCUAAAAGAAGAUCUCGUAGUGCAAGUGUCUCCAUCAGUAGGUCAAGAUCAUAUUCUCGUAGCCAAUCGCCUCGUAGCUCUAUUUCACGGGAUCGUGAACGAGAUCGAGAAAGAGGAAGAGAAAGAGAAAGAGAAAGAGAACGUAAUAGAGAUCGUGAACGAGAUCCGGAGUUUGCCCCUUCACGUUAUAGAUCACCUGAUCGACCCCGUCCAAGAUUUCCAAAAGAUCAACCUAGUAAAUCACGUGAAUCACGAGAAAAAUAUAAUAGUUAUUACAAUGAUCCACCUGGAAAUGAGUAUGGGUUUAAAGAUCGUGAACGCGAUAUUCCAAACAACAGAGAGAGAUCUGGUUAUCGUUACCCACCUCGAAAUCAAACAGCACAUCACAAUAUUCCACCGUUGAUGCCACAUCUAAACACUGGAGCUCAUCCACCACAACCACAGCGGUCCUUUGGAGGUCCGUCGCAGGAUAGGAAAGACUAUUAUGAUUCUUACAACAGAUAUCCUGGUCCACCUAAUCAACGAUUGAAUAGUCCUGGACGUAAAACACAUCAUAAACGCAUUGACGAUGUCGCACCGCCUGGAACUGAAGGAUACUAUGACCUGCCACCACCUGGUGUUGAUCGGGACAGAUCUCGAGUAUCUAAAGAGCGAGAUCGUGAACAUACUAAGGAGACAGAGACCGAAAAUCGUGAUCGUAUGCCAUUGUCAGAUGAAAGAGUGAGAGAACGUGAUGACCAUACUAGAGAAAAAGAUGAUAGAGAUCGACGGACAUUUGAUCGCAAUGUUGACCAAGAUCGUUCCAGAGAAAAAGAUGAUCGGAAUAGAGGAACUUUGAACCGACCUCGCGAGGAACGAUCUCGGGAAAUUGAUGACAGAGAAAGAAGAGACAAGGAUAAAGAUCGUGAUGAUAAAUACAAUCGUGAUCAUCGGGAAGAUGAUCGUCAAGUGGAUAAGCGUGAUUAUGAUAAAGAACGGCAUAGAGACGAUCGUGAUCGACACAGAUUUGAAGAUAAAAAUCGGGGACGUGAUCGAGAAAGAAAAGAACGUGAUUAUCCACCGGAAAAAGAUUCUAAUCGCGAUCGUUAUGAGAGACCUGUAAUAGAUUCCAAGAAGAAAUUUCAAAAGAGUUCCAGUCCUUAUUAUCCUCAAAAAUCAUGGAAUGAAACUAAAGAGUCAUCCCCAGAACGCUCCAGGAAAAAAGAUAAAGAUUAUAAUGACAAGUCUGAUGAAAAGAAGAAAGAAAAGAAAAUAAAAGAUAAGAAAAAGAAAAAAGAUAGUGAAGAGAAAGAAAAGAAGAAAAAGAAGAAGAAAGAAAAGAAAUUGACACAAAAAGAAUUAGAAAAAAGUGAAACGUUAAAAUUAUUUGAUGAUACUGAUAAAGUUGCGACUGAUUUAAAUGUAGAUCAGUUAAAUUUGGCGAUUAAAAAUUCAGAUGUGCCAAAUAUUAAUGAAUUUGAAGAAAAAUCAUUGAUGAUAAAUCCAGAACCACCUGAGCAAAUAGAAGAAGAAGAAGAAGAAGAAGAAGAAGAAGACUCAUUAUUACGCCAAGAAGACACGGAGUUAGGUGUAAAUCCUCCUAACCCUAAUUUUAAACCGAUUCCUGAAUUAAAACCAGAGUUUAAAAAUUCCUCAAUUGACGAUCAUUACAGUGAUACAGAUGAUAAAGAAAUUAAACUGACUGAUACUGAUGAAUUUUCAGUCCUACCUAAUAUUGAAGAAAAUAUUGAUGCUAAUGAUAAUGAAGAUGAAAUUAAUUUAUUAAAAUCACCUUCAGCCACUGAGCCAGAAGAAACAAACUCUGAAAAGUUAUUGUCAAAUAAAGAUUCUUCAGUUAAAAAGAGUGAAUUUUUAGCACCUAUGCCGGAAUUAUCUAAAUGGGAACGAGAUGAAAGCACUGAAAAAUUAGAUGAUGUUGUUACUACAUCAUCGCAAGUAAGUGAAUCUUUUGGUGAAUCAAAAUCAACAACAGAAGUAACUCGUGAUGUAUUAAAACGAGCUGAAAAUGCAAUAUUUCAAAAAGCUAUCAAUGCUAUUAGACCUAUUGAAAUUAAAAAGAUAAGCGAAAAUCGUAAAAUUUUAUAUCAAAAUCCGGAACCAAAAGUAUUUGAGCCAGAAUUGAAUCGUGACGUAAAUAAAAGUCUAAAUGUUACUGUUAAUAUUGGAAAAAAUGAGCGCAAUGUUGAAAUAACAGAGUCAUCUAAAAAAGGUAAAAUAGACCGGUCUAAAUUUAAAUUAAACGAAUCACAUUCGCCAACAAGAUUAUCAGCUAAAGAACGCUUAGGUGAAAAGAUUGAUGAUGAAAAAGAUAAAAAAAUAACACUAACCAGUGUUAAUAAUGAUCGAAAAGUUUUUAUCGAUGACAGCAAAUUACGGUCACGAGGAAAGGACUUGAGUGUUAAAAAUUAUCAUUCCGUAGGUAGUAGUAAAAAUGAUAAAGAACGUGAAAGACAAAUUCAAACACCACCUCCUCUUAUCAGUAGUAAACACACCAAUGAAUCCGAGGAAACGCAUCAUCAUCAUCAUCAUCAUCAUCAUCAUUUAUUGAAACGUAAACGUGAUCAAGAGGACAGUGAUGAUAAAGACGAUAAAAAGAAGCAUGGAGAUAAAAAACGUAAGAAAGAACACAGAAGUCGUAGUAAGUCGCGUGAACAUAAAAAACGUAAAGAAAAGAAACAUAAAAAAGAUAAAUUUAGUGACAGAAGUGACAGAAGUGACAAAAAACAAAAACACAAAGAAUCAAGUGUUAAACGGGAUAAACAAUCACUUGAUUCAGAGGAUAAAUCAAAUUUAACAAAUAUUAAUUUAAAUCAAGAACAAUCACCAGUACGAAAACAUCAACAACAGCAACCGAAAAAUCCAAAAUCAAUUUCUGAUCGUAAACGUAGUGUUUUAGAUGAAGCUAGUUUUGAACCAGAUUAUUCGGCUUCUGAUUCAGAUUCUGAUAAUGAAGAUAAUAAUAAAACAAGCGUCAAAAAGAUUAAAACUGACGAACAACAUCAACAAUUUGAUCUUGACAAGGAAGUUUGUGUUAAAGUGACUAAACGUAGAGUUAAAUCUACAAGCUCUGAUGAUAAUUCAAAUACAUCAGUGAGCUCUUCAACAGAAUCUGAUAGUUCAGAUGAUUCUUCUUACCGGAGACGUAAAAAGAAGCAUAAAAAACACAAAAAACGUAAACUAGCCAAGAAAGAAAGUAGCUCGGAAUUAGAUAGUGAUUCCGAUUCUACGCAAUCAAGUUCUGAGGAAGAAAAGUAUAAGAAAAAAUCUAAAAAAUCUAAAAGCAAAAAGAAGCAGUUGAAAAAAAAGAAAAAAUCUAAACAUAAAUAAUUUUUUUAAACAAUUUAUUUGAUUGUAAUAUUAGAAUAUGCUCACUUGUAAAUUAUGUUCUAAUAUCUUCUGUAUUAAUUAUACUAUAUAUAUUUAUUGUGUUAAUUACGUUGAAUAUUAAACCCUGUAGUUACUAUAAAUAAAUUUUAUAAUUAAUACAGA